AUGGAGGAGAGCACGGAGAAUCACAUGGAGACAGACGUGUCGUCCACGACUGAUGAUGUUCCUGAGACGCAGGAAGUAACAGGCUCCGACGGUAACGUCGAGAUGAUCAUAGUUGUGGAGAAGAUGGAUGACGAGUCAACAGCUGACGACCAAUCUGAUGAGCAACAGUCUCCAGUUCAUGAAGGUACCGACAGUAUAAUGACACCAGAAGACAAAGCACCAGAGAAAGAACAGGUAUCAACAGUUAAACUACCACUAAAAUCUCCAGUGAGUUCUCCUAUAAAGACGCCAACAAUCACUCUUGUGAAAUCGCCAGCAAGAUCUCCUAUUAAAAGUCCAGCCAAUACUUCAGUCAAAAGUCCAGCCAAUACUUCAGUCAAAAGUCCAGCAAAAUCUCCAGUUCAAAGUCCAGCUAAAUCUCCAUUAAAGUCUCCUACAAAGUCUCCCACUAUUGACGCAGAAACUGUAAAUUCUACAGAGGAUACUGAGAUAGUAAUGAUUGUGGAGACUGCACCACAGGUGCCCGAUGAGGUUUCAGCACCUGUUGCAACACAACAAGUGGAAGUGACUGUAGAAGCAUCACCAAUCAAAGAAUCUCCAGUUAAUGAAGCAGAAGACAAACCCACCCAGAUUCUAAGUCCAAGUAAAGAGGUUCCUGUUCCAAAGUCUCCCAAUAAUGAGCUGCAGCCUUCAGAUUCUGCUAGAUCUACACCAACAAAAGAAACUAUAACAAAUGACAAAACAACAGUCAAUGGCAAGGUCCAAUCAAAUGAAACUAGUAAAAUAGGUGACACAAAUGUUAAAACUGUAACUACAAUCGCACCCAUAGAAAUCACCAUUGAAAAUUCAAAUGAUUCUCAAAUUGAAACAUUGUCUGACAUAUCAGAAAAAGAACACAAGGGCAUUAGCAGAGAAUUGAAAUCCUUAAUAAAAUCUGCAAAAGAAUCUAAGAUCAUUAGUGAGUGUACACAAUUAAAAAGCAAGACAAGAAAGUCUAGAAGUGCCUUAGACACAUCUAGUUCAAGUUUGAAUUCUUCUUUGUUGGAGCCUGGUAAGAUACAUGACACUAGAAGAAACAGUGAUAACUCACAGAAGAGCAAUUGUAGUGAAAAAUCUGAUAAAACACAUCUCAAGAGGUCAAUGAGGUCACAAAACCCGGAAUUUGUUAGUAAGGUAAAGCAGUUUCUGAAUUCUGUCACUGGUAAAAGUAGUAAAGACUCAGAUGAUGAGGAUGAUGUGGUGGAAGGCAAGGAUAAGAGUGAAAUAUUAGAGCAGGAUGCUAAGGGGACACCUCCUAAACUUAAAAAGUCUGAACCAAUUGUAAUUACAGAAAAUAGCAACAAGCUUCGUUCAGACCCUUACUGUUGGCGUUGUCACUGGGCAGUGGAGCAUGCUACCAAUGAGAAGAUGCAUCCUCCGAUGCACUGUACAGUUUGCCCGAGAACCUUCCAUUACAAAUGCUUGACGGGUCCAGAGAAGAGCAAGAUAAAUGUGGAGAAGAAUUGGGUGUGUCCUGAAUGUAUGAUAGUUCUACAGGCUGAGAGCUCCGAGACCAGGUCGCCAGCCAUGAAGAAGAUAUCCCUUGGAAUGCUCUGCGAUCUAUUGAAGCACGCGCUGCGACGGAUGACGGAAACGAAUGGGGUGGAACCAUUCAUGCAACCAGUAGACCGUACAGCAUUUCCAGAUUAUGACAAGUAUGUGGUGCAUCCUAUGGACCUGUCACUCAUGAGAGACAACAUCUCCGAGGGCCUGUACGGCAGCACAGAAGCGUUCCUUGCCGACGCGCAAUGGAUACUGCACAACAGCAUCAUUUUUAACACAUAUGAAAACGUGUGUCCCCCUUCAGUGCAGUCUAAAUUGACGGCGGGUGCGCGUGCGCUGGUGCGGUCGUGUCGGUCGGAGAUGGGAGAGAUCGAGGCGUGUCCGGAGUGCUACGCCGCUGCGCAUGCGCGCCGCCCCACCUGGUUCACCGACGUCUGUUCCACGCCCCAUAUACUUUUCUGGGCUAAACUGAAAGGUUUCCCCUUCUGGCCAGCGAAAGGUAUGUCGGUAAACAGCUCCGGUUUGGUGGACGUGCGCUUCUUCGGAGCACACGACCGCGCCUGGGUGCCUUCGAAAGACUGCUUCCUGUAUUCUGAAAAAGACCCGAAUAAUUUCAGAACUAAACGACAAGAUAUAAUUGACAGUAUGCAGGAAGCAGAACAACACAUUCGGAAUAUUUCAAGAAAGUACGGUCGGUUCGUCUACCCGCCUUUCAAAACACCAUUUGAACCCAGCAGAAUGAGUGAGCAACUUAAAAUGAUGAUACCAACAUUUGAAGGCGAUGUAAGGUCACUAGUCAAAGAGAAGCCGUCUCCAGGUGUCAAGGGGAAGAGCAGGUCCAACUCCAAAGGUUCAAAGUGUUCAUUGAACGAUGGGUUGCGCCUACACUCGGAUAGUACGGAUUCGGGUAGUGACGGGGAGGAACUACAGCGUCUAUAUGCUCUCCUAGACAAGUACAGUGACGCCAGCGAAACGGAUGAUGCGCCAGCGCUGCCGGCGAGGAAAAUGGCGGACGGCGCCGAAAUAGCUAAAGUGGAGGAAGAUGAAUCUAAUGUUGAGAAGGAAGUGGAAGUUGAAGUUCCAGUCAAAUUGAAAGAAAACACUCAAACUCCUACGUCAACUACUUCUAGAAAGCGUCGUCGAUCAGAUCUUGAGGAAGCUGUUAUCACUAUCAUUGAAACCAGCGGCAGCUAUGAGAAGCGCAGUCGACGUAAAAGCUUUGUUGAAACCAAGAAACCUGACGCACCAGAACCUACCAGCAGCAAGGUUGUAGACACAACUACUGACAAACCUAAGGGCGAAACAAAUAAGACUACACCUAAACAGACUACACCAGUCAAAGUGAAUGAACCACUAACCAAACUCAAAGAUAGCGAACCAUCUUCUAGCACCGAAAAGGACAAAACGCAGAGAGUAACUCCCAUAAGGAUAGCACUAGUCAAAGAAAGACGUCAUUCUACCAGAACCAGCUCCUCCAAGGACCCAACUGCCAAAAUUAUCACUCCUAAUAAAGACAAAGAACAAGAAAAAACCACGCCCCAGAGGCCUAAAUCUGCAAGAAGUGUUGACAAACCUUCAUCGGCUACUAAACCCGAGAAAACAAAACCGGAAAAGGUCGACAAAACACCUAAUGCGAAAGCCGAAAAAGGUGAUAAAACACCGAAGGAUAAAACUACCAGAGGGAACAGGUCCAGAGCUGAAAAACGAAGUAGUUCCAGAAGCAGUCGGUCCACUAACAGCACAAGCUCGACACGAUCAUCAGACAAAGCUGAGAAAAAAUCUGAUGGGAAGGCGAAGGAUAAGUCUAAAGAAAGUAAACCCUCAGCAAAAGAGAAAGACAAAGAUGGAGAUGCAAACAAACCGACAGUGGCCGCACAGAUGUCGCCCAAACCUGUACCAGAUGUACAGUCUCCGAAAUCUGUUAAAGAUCGGUUGCACUUCAACGAUAAUACUACCUUAGCUGUUCUAGCGCGGGAAACUCCGAAAUGUAAUAAUCUAGUAACAGUAACACUUUGCAACAACAGUGGGCUCCCUACAAUCAGCUCCGUGCGAAGUCUCUCCACCACUGCGCAGGUUACAGGCGUGACUAUAACUAAAACAAUGACUAAUGCGACUAUUGACAUCACAGAAGAAUCGUCCACCUCAGAUUCGAGUAUCUUUACACCUACUAGCUCAGAGAACGUGACUUCAAUGAAAGAAGCUAUGUCGAAACUGCAGAAACUACGUAAUGAUACGACGGAGCCGGUCGUGGGGCGCGUGGGGGUCAGAGCGUUCGCGAGGAUGACAUCUCCGGAAAGACACACCCCUAACGAAGAGGUGCAAGUAGAAAUUAAGGCUGAACCCAUCGAUCUCGAUGACCCGGAGAGACAUAAUGAGAAGAUGGAUCUCAUGAACGCUUUCAGGCUGCGGCCGGUGAACCCGCAGAACGUGCCGACACCGACGAUGAAUUUACGGGACGUUCGGAUAAACAAGGUGGUGGUGACGCCUCUCAAUGCCAAAAAGGUGACUAAGCCGCCGCCUGAGGUUCGGCCGAGAGCGAAGAAAUCGUUCCCUCAGCCGAAGAAGACGGAGGAAAGUCGUUCGGAUCUGGUUACUAAGAACUCGAUGGUGUACAUUCCCAUCCAGCCCCCGAUGACGCAAGCUCCGUCCGCGCGACCGCCGCGCCCUCCACAUGCAGCGACGCCUACCGUGCAGCCUAUCCUUAGACCGCCUAUCAUGUCUACCACUGCAAACAGCCUAGUGAACACAGUGACAACCCCUCUGAUGCUGUCCAGCCCGUGUAUCUCUACUAGUGGAGUGACCAACAGUACGAGUGUGGCCACGGUGCCCACUGUCCACACAGUGCCACUGAUGACGUCAGUUAAUGGACAGUGGAUGUUCAGCUUCCAGCCUGUUAUGUCCGUUGGAGCUAUUGAUAAUACGCCCGCCUCACCCCUAGUAAACGGUAUAACAGAUAGAUCAAACACAUCAGUUCCACUGGCGACAUUAACUCCAACGUCUAACUCUACGCUAGUAAACUCAGUCGCAACACCGGCCGCGUCAGUAGUGCCUGUCCUCCCGGCCGCUACCCCUGCACCGCCCAUCUCUGUACUAAGCAGGACGCCCACCGACAAUACUCCUGGAGAGACGGUGUCCGUGUUACAGCCCCCGCGGCUACAACAACGUCCGACGCAGUGCCUACAGAACCCACUGGACUGCAACACUCCUAUAGGCACUAUGCCGCCGCCCUCCACCGCUGGACCUGUCACCGCCAAGCUCAACCAGAAUGCCGUUAAGAUGACAGACUUCUUCCGGUCAUUAUUGGAGGACUCGUUGGAGAAGCUGGACGAGCCAGUAUCACAGCUGACUACUCUGAAGAUGCAGCUAGAGCAGGACAAGUGGCGACAUCAACAGGAGAUCAAGGAACUUAAACAUAACUAUGAACUAACGAUAGCAGAGAUGCGUGCGUCGUUCGAGAAAGAGAAGGUACGAGCGGUGAGCGAGGCGAGGCGCGCGUCACAAGUUGAACUGGAGACCGCCGUCAAGCAGACCAAGACCAAACAAUGGUGCGCGAACUGUAGCCAGGAGGCCCAGUUCUACUGCUGCUGGAACACGGCGUACUGCGGGUACCCGUGCCAACGAGCGCACUGGGCACAACACUUCUCAGCCUGCCAGCAACAGAGACAGGAUGGUAGCAACGGUGAAUCGCCAACCUCUCCGAAGUCUCUAUCAGAUAAUAUGCCAAAAACGCCCGCUCCGACCCUGACGGUCGGCGGCAAGGUCGCACCCUCGCGCGCCUUCAACCAAGACCCAAAUAGCGCACCCAAGACUUCUAUUAUCGUAAGUAUGGUCGAAGACACCAGCGGCAACCAGACAAUGAAAUGCGUCGGUACAUACAAGCCGGUUAGUGGCAACCAGCUCGCGCCUAUGAUCAACAACAUACCUACAACGAGCAAUGAAGACAAUCAAAACAAGAAAGUGGUCUCUUCUUCGGGAGGGUAUUUAAUAGUGGGCGGAGCGAGUAACUCGUCGGUGGUGACCCCGGCGAGGCGGACGCACGCCAUUCAGUACUUCUCCUGA